CAGUCCCCCCCACCUCCCCCGCCCCCCCCUCGGCCGUCCACCCUCUCUCUCUCUCUCUCUCGCUCUCGCUCUCGCUCGACGGCCAGCGGGUCCUCACCCGCCCUCCCAACCCUAGCAGCGGCCCGGCGGGUCCCCACCCCUCCUCCUCCACCCUAGCAGUGGCGGCCCGGCGUCGGAACCCUAGCCAUCGUCUAAGCUUCCCUAUUCGGCCGCUCCAAGCCUCCCACCCGAUCGAGACUCCUGAGGACGAAAAACCAGAGGGAAAAAGGGGGAAAACAUAGGAAAAAUCAACGAAAAACAAAGGCAAGACGGAAAAAAUUAACAGCUGGCCCGUGGCUCUCGGCCUCCCUAAGGUUCUUGGGCCACCUCUUUUCCGCCAACAUCCUCGCUCUUCCGCUCUUCUCCCAUGCAUCUCUUUCCUGGAAUCUUCAUGGCAGUUUUUUUUUACUAUUCCCUUCAAAUGUUCCAGUUAUUACCAUCAAGAAGCGUGCUUCCUUCUAGUUAAAGGGCAAGGGGGAGUCAAAAGGAAUUGAAGGAUUCUUGACAAUGAGAGAUUUGCAGCUGUCGCUGAACCAAACCCAGAGGGUAAGGCUGCAAGCAGCUCUCCAGCAGCUUCAGGACCUAGCUUCUCAAGCUGCUGGUUCUUCCUCAGUUACCAUUGCGGACACAAUCCCUGUCAACAAUGAAGACGGUAUUCUCAAGGGACAUGGGACGUCGGAGCUUGAUGGUCAAGUGGUUGCCACUUUGUGUGGUGUGGUUGAGCGAGUAAACAAACUGGUUUAUGUACGUGCUCUAAGAGCCAGGUACAAGCCAGAGGUUGGAGAUAUUAUUGUUGGUCGUGUCAUUGAGAUUGCUCCUAAACGUUGGAGAUUGGAGAUUAAUUUCAGUCAAGAUGCAGUAUUGAUGCUUUCAUCUAUGAACCUGCCAGAUGGUAUUCAGAGGCGGAGAACUGCUGUUGAUGAACUCAACAUGCGCACUAUCUUUGAAGAAAAUGAUGUAGUUUGCGCUGAAGUUCGUGGAUUCCAGCAUGAUGGAAGCCUGCACCUUCAGGCAAGAAGCCAAAAGUAUGGAAAGCUUGAGAGGGGUCAAUUGCUUACAGUCCCAGCAUAUUUGGUGAAACGGCGUAAGCAGCAUUUCCACCAUUUAGAGCAAUACUGUGUCGACUUGAUUCUUGGAUGCAAUGGCUUCAUCUGGGUGGGUGAGCACUUAGAAACUGGGGAAAAUAACAUGCUCGAAGACCGAGAAAAGAGACCAGAAACUAGCAAAUCCAAUAUGAUCCAUGAAGAGCAAGAGCAAACUUUCACUCCACUGGAAGUAAGACAGCACAUAUGUCGGAUUGCCAAUGCUGUCCGUUUGCUUGCUGCACUAGGCUUCAUUCUUACAGUUGAAUCAAUCGUAGACACAGCUGAAGCAAGUGCCUCUUCAAAUAUCGAGAUAAAAGACAUGCUAGGACCAGAAUUUUAUGUCCAGACUGUAGAGAGAGAGGUCCAACGCAGAAUAUUGCUGUCAAGGAAGAGGGUCUGAGCGCACGUUGAAACUGAUGACGUUUACCUGAUUGCUUUUGUAGAAAGGAAAAAAUAGUCCUUUAAUUUGAAGCUUUCUGCUUAAUUUGGAGUUCUAUAGGUAAGAAGUGUUUGAUGAAUUAGAGAGAACCGGAUAAGUUUCUUUUCACUAUGGGAAAUAGCAUUCCCAUGAGCAUGCUGGUGAAGGCGGGGGGCUGGUGUUGUGUAGCAUCACAUUUAAGCUGAAAACUAGCAAGGCUGACAGGUUAAUCAAUCAACUCUGGUGGACAGAUGGGAUUUCUUGUCAGAAUUGUUUCUGGAUUCAUUUUUCAUCUACCAUUUCUUUCUCAGCUAUGAGCCAUUGUUUAUCAGUUAACGAAUGCAUUCCAUGUCAAAAUAAAAGCGAACGCAUUUGACGUUGGGAUGCUUCGCAGAUCUGUUAUCU